AUGGCGACAGAAAAGAAGACGCCACAGUUCCUGGAACUCAUCCCCAGGUAUCUUUUCUUUCCAUUUUGUGAAAAUAUUUCUCACAGACUCAUCCAAGAACCAAUUAACUUUGAUCUUCCAAAACAUUUCAUCGAAAACCAUGGUUUACUUUCUAAGCUUCUGCCGCACCCCGGACUCGGAAUCGCAGGGACACAGUCAAAGACGCUGAAUGAGGCUCCGCGACAUGUAUACAACAUGAGCGAGGAAAAAAGGGACGACAACGAGGGACCGUGAAUGAGAACCAUGGCGACAGAAAUAGAAGACGCCACAGUUCCUGGAACUCAUCCCCAGGUAUCUUUCUUUUCAUUUUGUGAAAAUAUCUCGACCAGACUCAUCCAAGAACCGUUAACUUUGAUAUUUCCGAAAACAUUUUAUCGAAAACCAUGGAUUUACUUUCUAGGUUCUGCCGCACCCCGGACUUGGAAUCGCAAGACACAGUCAAGACGCUGAAUGAGCUCCGCGACAUGUGCAACAUGGCGAGGAAAAAGGACGACAUAACGAGGGACCGUGAAUGAGAACCAUGGCGACGAAAUAGAAGACGCCACAGUUCCUGGAACUCAUCCCCCAGGUAUCUUUUCUUUUUCAUUUUUGUGAAAAUAUCUACCGACUCAUCCAGAACACAUUAACUGAUAUUUCCAAAACAUUUAUCGAAAACCAUGGUUUUUACUUUCUAGCUUCUGCCGCACCCCGGACUUGGAAUCGCAAGGACACAGUCAAGACGCUGAAUGAGGGCUCGCGACAUGUGCAACAUGGCGAGGAAAAAGGGACGACGCCCAACGAGGGACCAUCAGAUGAGAACCAUGGCGACGAAAUAGAAGACGCCACAGUUCCUGGAACUCAUCCCCAGGUAUCUUUCUUUUCAUUUUUGUGAAAAUAUCUCGACGACUCAUCCAAGAACCGAUUAACUUUUGAUAUUUCCGAAAACGUUUAUCGAAAACCAUGGUUUUACUUUCUAGCUUCUGCCGCACCCCGGACUUGGGAAUCGUAGGACACUCUCAAGACGCUGAAUGAGGUCCGCGACAUGUGCAACAUGGCGAGGAAAAAGGGACGACGCCCAACGAGGACCAUGAAUGAGAACCAUGGCGACGAAAAAGAAGACGCCACAGUUCCAUGGAACUCAUCCCCAGGUAUCUUUUCUUUUCAUUUUUGUGAAAAUAUCUCGAAGACUCAUCAAGAACCGUUAACUUUGAUAUUUCGAAAACAUUUAUCGAAAACCAUGGUUUUACUUUUCUCAGCUUCUGCCGCACCCCGGACUUGGAAUCGCAGGACACUCUCAAGACGCUGAAUGAGGUCCGCGACAUGUGCAACAUGGCGAGGAAAAAGAGACGACGCCCAACGAGGACCAUCAAUGAGAACCAUGGCGACAAAAAAGAAGACGCCACAGUUCCUGGAACUCAUCCCCAGGUAUCUUUCUUUUCAUUUUUGUGAAAAUAUCUCGAAGACUCAUCCAAGAACCGUUAACUUUGAUAUUUCCGAAACAUUUAUCGAAAACCAUGGUUUUACUUUCUAGCUUCUGCCGCACCCCGGACUUGGAAUCGCAGGACACUCUCAAGACGCUGAAUGAGGUCCGCGACAUGUGCAACAUGGCGAGGAAAAAGAGACGACGCCCAACGAGGACCAUCAAUGAGAACCAUGGCGACAAAAAAGAAGACGCCACAGUUCCUGGAACUCAUCCCCAGGUAUCUCUCUUUUCAUUUUUGUGAAAAUAUCUCGACGACUCAUCCAAGAACCGUUAACUUUGAUAUUUCCGAAACAUUUAUCGAAAACCAUGGAUUUACUUUCUAGCUCCUGCCGCACCCACAACCGAAAUAUUGGAAUUCUUCACGACCGAUAACUAGAGUGCACCCGAUUCAACGAUUGCCAACGAUUUCCAAAAAUACCAGCUUUGUUCAAUUUCUUCUGCCUGCGACUUUGACCGCGCCUAAACAGCUGGAACUGGUACUCUGGAAAUUUCCUGGAACACCCUCGAUAAUUGUCAAAAGCGGUCCAAAAGAACUUUAACUGAACCGCGAUGGCAAGCUCAACAACGACCUACGAAAAAGAUAUAGAUAUAAAAAUUAAAUAUAUAUAGUUCGAGGGCAAAAGGUGUAGAAGUAACAUGCAAUUCCUUUUUUUCAACGAGAGGGGAAUCAUGCGAGCCAAUUAAAAACUUUGUCGUACAAUUUGCGUGGUAUUUCACUGUUGCCUUCGGACACCCAAAAAUCCUCCUGUCAAAAUGAAAAUCCUCUUCUUUGAAUGAUCCCCUUCUUUGAAUGAUCUUCUUCCCUCAUUUUUAAAUAUAUUUUUCCCUUCUUUCCCUCCUCCUCCCAUCACUGAUACAUCGAAACCACCACCCCCUCCUCCUCCUCUUAUUUAUGUAAACAUGAGUUCCCGAAAGUUUCGGUUCCCUACUAUUAUAUACUCUGUGGUUAUUUAUUUUUUUCCUCUGCUUACGAGCCCAUCAAAUGUGUACUCCACUUCCCUUACUCAAGCAAUUUAUGACCUUUAGUGAUUUUUUAAAUGUUUUUAUAGCAUCCCCCUAAACCUAUCUACUUAUUAAUCUGCUAUCCAUAUACUAAGGACGACUCAAUGGCGUGGAAAACCAUUGAGUCUUCUUCAUCUCCUCUUUUGAUCAAUGAAAUCUUAGCCACCAUCCCCUUCAUCCUCUCUUCUCAUCUUUCCACUAGCUAUUCACAAGGAGGUAUGAAAUCCUCAAAACUAUUUUUAGUUUGUUCAUCGAUUAUUUAUCUCAGGUUCCUAAUCUGUGAAAAAAAUGAUGGAUGAACAGUCGGAAAAGUAAAAAAAUCCUCACAAACACUCGAGAUCAAAAAUCCUCAUAAAUUUUUCGUUUUCAAUAGCAUAUUUUUUCUAGAUUUCACAUCUAGAAAAACAAUCUUCAAAUGGAAGCCUCAGAGUGAGAGCGACCACGUGUGAAGAGUUCACACAACAAAGUUCUCAGAAAAAAAUGAUCUCAAAAAUCAUUUUGCACAACUUUGUCAAUCAAAGCAGCUGUUCGAGUAAUUCCCAGGUCGGCAAAAAGUUCCUGAUAACAAUCGUUUCAGAUUCGAGACUAAAAUAUAUCACCGCGCCGUCUGGUAGAACUCGGUUGAUCUCACUUCCAGGGAUCAACGUACAACAGAUCAACAAUAGUGAACGUGAGUCUCAUCUUUUGUUAUGAUCUUGUGAUCUUUCAUUGAUUCAAUUUCAUCCUUUCGCUUCAUUCUGGCCUUGAAAAAGCCUUUGAAAGAUGUGAAAACUUCUGUUUUCUAAAGAAGAGAUAAAUGGAAUCGAAAAAUCAAAACUUGCCGGGCAGUGCCGAUUUUUCUCUGUUUUAAUACCUUGUGUUUUUCUACGAAUAAAUCGAGAAACCCUGAGACAAAUUCCGCUUUUCUCACAGUAAAAAUUUAAGACUUCACUUUCCAACAUCUUUCAGGGCCACUACCUAUACAGAAAGCCGUCGUUGGAGGACAGUACAAGACGGGAAUAAAUCCCCCGUCUCAGUUGAUCGAAAAAGUUGAAAAGAGAAGAAGAGCUCCAUGCCUUGACACCCAGGUAUGUUUUCCUCGGGAGAUCUUCAGAAAGUGAAUCAACUUUUUUUUUUCGAAAUACAAAACACAAUUAGAUCAAAAGUCUGUUUCAGGUGACUUUAACGAAACCACAUUAAACCAAGAAGUGGAACACGCUGUGAAGACCGUGAGUAAGAGAUACGCAUGUUCGGGACUUGAUCUUCCAGGUAAAAUUUGCUCAUUCCUGAAAGCACCUGAAUCAUCAGAUAGACCUUUGCCUCUCUUCUUUCAACGUUUUUGAUGUACUGUCUUCCAAUUCAGGCAUCGCUCAGCUGAAGAAAGAUAUCAGUCGAGGCCACGCUCCAUUACGCAUCCCUUCAAAGUGGCUUAUCAUUUGCGGUACAAAGAGACUGAAAAAAGCGCAAGUGCUGGAAGUGAUUACCCAGGUAAUAUUUUCUGUGCUCUUGAGAGAAACGGUUCAAAUUUUCGUUCAAAUCACCGUUUUGGGAAGGUUAUCGAAAAUGUCCGGAGGCACAAAGUAAAUUUUUCCAGCAACCGGAAGGUUCGCUCAUUUCGAAGCUGACUGAGAGAAGAUCGAGGGCUUGUUGGAUGUGA